UUCGCAAUUUGUAUUACCAGUAAACGCUUGUAUAUUGUGGACACGUGUCAAACGAAGUGCUCAAUUUCCGAUAACUGUAUUAACAUCACGGUACUUUUAUAAAGACCACAAAUUUCAUAUUUCAAUUCAACUGAUCAGUACAUGCGACAAUGUGUUUGGUGUAGAGCAACUUAAAACAUUCAAUUCGUCUGCAGCCGAAAUAUUUUGAACUUAAUCAAAUAUUUGAAAAUGCGACAGACUGCAGUUGUGUCUUCGGCUCUUUGCGUUGGUCGAAAACAGCGAUUUUCUACGAAAAAUUCUACGACGAGCAUGGCUGUGCAAAUUGAGGAAGAUUUUUCUCUAAGAAGGCGUUUAAAAGCCAUCGAGUCAUUCGAGAAAGUUACUUUGUCGACAUUGGUGUUGAAGCAACGGAGGGAAACGAGAAGAUUUCUUAACCGGUUAAGGAAAAGUGAGCUACUUUUGAAGGAACAUGAAUGUACAAAAUUUGCAAUUUCCUCUGCCCAUAAUAAAGACAAGAAAAUAUCAAAAACUGGUGUCAUGUCAACAGUUGACCCCAAAAGAGAAGUGCUUUCUCAUUCUUGUGAUGCAGAAGAGCUCCUCGAUUGUACAGAUUCUGAAAAAAAUUCAUCAAAUCUUAACAAUGUUCGGAAUGGCGGUGCAUUCUCGGCUAAACUUAAGGCAAUGUGCGACGAUACAAAUGUUCCUUACGUGAAACUAAGCUCGUAUAGUAAAGAAGAUUUGAAAAGACCGUCGACGUCUCUCGAACUCAAGAGAAAAGCCUGGGAGAAAGUCUCGGAGCACUUAGACGAAUCUCGAUGCUUGCGAUCUUCCAGUGUCAACAUGGCAACAAAAGGCCAGCGAAGUGUUCCGAAACGAUGGCAAGAAGAACGCAAAAGAUUCCGUGAUCUCACUAAGGUGCACCUUCUGUCGCAACUUGCCCCUGCACCACCGCAAAUUGACGUGCAAAAGGUGCAAGCGGAAAGGAUGCUUUCAAAACGGAUCGAGGAUCGAAUUGUCUCGGAAUUUUGUGACUCCUUGAACGCUAUCAAAGUUGUGCUUCCACCAAAAUUUUGCUGGAUGAGCGUGAAUGAAGUUUAUUCGAAAAGUGCGAAAAUGCCAAGGAAAUUUGAGCCCAUUUCGCUGCCUGGAGCUAAAAUGUGGCAAAAGCUGUCAAAGACACCAAGAACGCAGAGAAAAUUGGGACUUUGCUUCUUUCGUAAGAUAUAUGAUCACGUGGCCAUAAUUGAACCAAUCAUCGUCAUCCUUAAACUUCACUUAAUUUCGUUAUUAAAAAAUUACCGUAGUUAUUAUAUUGAAAAUAUUACACGAAUACUAUACUUCAAGUAUAAGGUUAAAAUCCAAUUUUUUGGUUUAAUGGGAUUACAAAACUAAAAGUCUCACUUUGUUUAUCUUGUAAAUUAAAUAAACCUUUGCUUCUUUCUCUUUCUUUA